CUCUCUCUUACUCAACCUAUCUUUCCCACUUUGAUCUUUUAAACAACUCUUUACGUUGGAUGACUAUGGGAGGAUAAGACUGUAUUGCACUCGGAAGCAGCAUGCCUUCUGUUCUUGUCUGACGCAACUGUUAUUUCUAUUCUGCUACAUAAUAAUAAACCCGGGCUUUCAGGCUUGAAGAACGAGCAGCUACUACUACCAUACUUUGUAACGAUCUGUUUGAGCAAAAUACAAUAGUGCGUUUAAAUGACAAGAGCCCCCCUAGCUUUUUGCAUCUCCAGAGUCUGCCACUGUCUUCCAAAUAGCCCUUUCUUUUUGGCAUAUCAUCCGAAAUAUAUCCUCAAGAUUUCAACAAGUGUCAGCUCAUUCGUCAUACGAGACUCGAUGCUUGGGUGGUGCUGUUAUGCACAUAUACCCUUUCACAUGUACUACAUACGCGAUGCCAUUGGCCGUGCGCACAAUCCGAUACCGUCAACAGAUAGAAAGUAGUAGCAUCAGGCUAUGGACAUGCAUUAAUAAUGACAUUGAAAAACAAAAGCGUGUUGCUCUGAGCGCACGUUAUCA